UAAUAGUGUAGGCUGUUGUCCUCUGUACAAUAGUUUUACUGUUAUACUGAUUUCACAUUGUGAAAUAAGCAAGUUUUGUGUGUAAUUAAAUACUACAAUUCGUGUAAACUGGUAAAAGUAAAACUUAAGAAUAUAUAACUUGUUAGUUAACUGUUAGAUUGAAUUAAAUAUUUUUAUCAACGUGUAACUUAAUCUCAGACAAUAGUUUUUAUUAUUAAUCUAUUAUAUUACUAUUAGCAUUAGUAUUAAUAUUCAUUAUUGCUUUAACUUUUUAUGACAUUGUCACUUCGUUUUACCGACAGUACAGAUUAUCAUGCUGCUUGAGUCAUAUUUAGAGAGUAUAGAAGGGCUGAAGACUUACCAUGAAACGUGCAAAAGAGGUAGUUAAUCCGUCGACAACAAAUGAUGAUGAAAUUAAAGUUCUUCCUCCUGAAAAGCGGGUACAUGUAGAAGAACUAAUAAUUCCUGUACCAGAGUCUGUUGCUUCUUCUCAAGAGCUUCAAGAUAAUGUUCAAACAGUUGUUCAUGCUAACAAUGCAUCAUAUGAACAAAUGACACAAAUAGAGGAUUGUAUUUCAACAACAACAACAAUGAUUGUGACAGAAAAUGAUUUGCAAGGAAACAGUCAGUUAAUAUUGGACAGUCAUCACAUUGAUGGUUAUAGUCCGAUGCCAAGCACCAGUACUGAUGUUGUUGUAGAGUUCUGUUCUGAAAGAGAAAGCCCAGAAAAGAAUGGCUUGAACAUUGGACUAAUUGCUCAACACAUGGAUAUAACAGAACCUUUGACAACACUUCGGAGUUUGUUGGAGCAACGGUUAGGCAUUUCUCUUGAGGAUUACACAUUCUAUUUGCAAGAUAACCAAGAGCUUGAUGCUGAUAAAAACUUAGUAGACCAGUGUGUACAAGGAGAAGGAUUAGUACAGAUAAAUGUGCAUAUUAAGGAAGAAGAAGACAUAAAAAAGCUCAACAUUGUAGAUGUUCUAAAACCAGCAGAAGAGUUGGUUUCUAUGGUACCUGAAGAAGGGGACCAAGUCCAACAAGAGCAGCAAGUUGGACAGCCUCAAGUAGCAAAAGAAAAUCAUAUUUCAGCACCAGAAGAAGCAGAAAAUGUUACACGCUGGGUAGUAUCAGCCCAGUUUAGGAAGGAGCAAGAACAGUUAAAAAUUCCAUUAGAUCCUGCUCAAUGGUCCACACAACAUGUUCUGAUUUGGAUACAGUGGGCAGUUCAACAGUUUAAUCUCACUGACAUCAAACUGGAAGAUUGGGUCUUUAAUGGUCAAAAAUUAUUUUCCUUGAGCCAUUCAGAAUUUAAAAAAAAAGUAUCCUCUGACCCAGGAGAUUUGUUCUGGACUCAUUUAGAACUGUUAAGAAAAUGUAAAAUAGUUGCUGUUGUUCAGCAGCCUGUAGUUGUCCGAGAGUCGCUUCAAGUAUUUACUACAGUCACUAAGAGUGAUGGUCCCAAGAACAAACUGUGCCGGACACCAAAGGUUGGCUCACCAAAAGUUGCAUACGAAGGAAGCCCUGGAAAUCGAACAGGUAAUAAUGGUCAAAUUCAACUGUGGCAGUUUCUUCUUGAGUUACUGACUGACAAAGAGUACAGAUGCCAUAUUCGAUGGAUAGGAGAUGAUGGUCAGUUCAAGCUGUUGAAUCCAGAAAUGGUUGCUAGACUGUGGGGUAUGAGAAAGAACAAACCUCAUAUGAAUUAUGAAAAACUUAGUCGUGCUCUAAGAUACUACUAUGAUGGAGAUAUGAUAACUAAGGUACAUGGAAAACGAUUUGUCUACAAAUUUGUAUGUGACCUGAAGAACUUACUUGGCUACAGUGCAGCAGAACUUAGACAUCUAGUUGAGCAGUGUGAGAAGAAACAGCUUGAAAAAACAUAAAUAAUCAAGAAAAUCCAGAAACUUGACCUGUGAUAAUUGUAACUAUAUAACCAGAUGAUAAUAAACAUAAUCACAUCAUUUUCACAUCUCAGAUCUUUGUUUUAUUAGCAGUUUAGUUCUUGUUAAUUUUUUUUGAAGGCUGGUAAAAGUAAAUAGUUCAUUUAUGUUGUAGAUUUUAUAUAAAAUAAUGAAAUAAUGUUGCCAUAUUCAAAAUAUGGAUACUUGUUUUGAGAAUAUUGUAAAAUAAUAACUAUUUUUUCACAAAUAUUUCAUACUUCAGUUCAUAAUUUCAUUUUAUAAAUAGUAGGUUAAUCAGAUAAAAUAACGCUUAUUAAGUAUACAGUUUUGUAAUCUGUUUGUUGAAACUACAUUCAGCAUACCUUUAUUCAGCAAAUGUUUUUUGGGAAGAGAUUUUGGUACAAUUUUUUAUGACAGAAAGCUAACAUACGAGUUGCUUUUGAAAGCAAAGCAUUAAAACAAGUGCUUGCACAAGAUUUUUUAAAUUGUAAUCAUUUAUAUUUUGUUUGGUGUUAGGGACCAGUUAACUGUGUGACACAAAUGGAUAUUUAAAAAAAGUUGGUAAUGGUGGUGUUGAGAUGUUAUAUUUUGGUUUUUGAUAGUCCACUGCUGAUAAUUUUUUGAAACUCCUUUUAAAUAAUUCUGUCUUUAUUCUGUUUUUUAUUAAUGUUUUGCUUUCAACAAUUUGGAAAAAUAUUAAUAGUUUGUGGUAUCUAAUUAUGUUGAUUUGAGCUUGAUAAAAGUAUCUUGAUCAAGUUAUUCUAUGAUAUAUACGAGGCUAUGUAACAUAACCUGUACUAACACACAGUUAUGAAAUUUAAAUAUCAGCCUUGUUUUUGUCUUGCUUUCCACAGGUUUUAUUUUUCCUUAUUUUAUUUAAAACUUGUUCAUAAUUCUUCUUCUGUAAUAAAAUGAGAGGUUUUUAAACAAUGAAUAAAUCCUGCAUCUUAACUUAUUUAAUAAGAUUUCUUGUAAAUAAAAGUUCUGGACACAAUAAAGUUGAUGUACUGUAAAAUUGGUUAUAUAUUUCACAUAAGCUUCUUUAUAUCAUUCACUAUCUGUUGUCAUUCUUGUGCAAGGUAUGAAUGUAAUAUAAUAAUCAUUGGACCAUACUGAGUUUAUUCAUAAACGUAACUACAUUUUCAUGUUUUAUAUUGAAUUCCUGCCAUUACCAAAAAAUGUAUUAUACUUUUUGUCACUCUAUAGGUGUAAAGCUUUUCUCAUUGGUUUAUUUCCUUUUUCUUGAUUUUCAUUUAUAGUUUGGUGUAAA